UCCAACCUUUAGUCUCCCCCGACCAGGUCGCAAGAUUUUACAUCGGAUAGCCGAGGGUUGAGAUUCAGCUGUUUUCCUUUUGGAACUUCAUUUUUCUUUCUUUGCAUCAAACUUUAAACUUACUCUUCUAAAAUGUUUCCAGAGGCAAACAAAGGCUUCAGCUAUGAGGACUGUAAGGCCACUACCGAUUGGCUGAUGGCCCAGGCGGACAUCCGCCCCACAAUCGGCGUCGUUUGCGGCUCAGGGCUGGGAGGGCUUGCUGACAUGUUAAAGGAUCAGGUGGCCUUCAACUACAAGGAUAUCCCCAACUUUCCUCAGAGCACUGUGCACGGACAUGCAGGGCGACUGGUGUUUGGCACCUUAAAAGGAAUAGCCUGCGUUUGCAUGCAGGGUCGCUUCCACCUCUAUGAGGGAUAUCCAAUCCAAAAGAUCACACUGCCUAUGCGCAUCUUUAAAUUGCUGGGCGUGGAGACGGUGAUACUAACCAAUGCAGCAGGAGGCCUGAACCAGGACUUCAAGGUGGGAGACAUCAUGAUAAUGAAAGACCACAUCAACAUGCCCGGCUUUGCUGGCAACAAUCCCCUGGUUGGACCCAACGACGAGAGGUUCGGUGUGCGAUUCCCCUGCAUGUCCGACGCAUAUGACCGCCAGCUCCAGCAGCUGGCCAUGGACGUGGGGCAGGAGCUCGGUUAUGGAGACUUCCUGAGGGAAGGGGUGUACUGCGUGCUAGGGGGACCGUCAUUCGAGACAAUUGCAGAGUGCCGUAUGUUGCACAAACUUGGCGCCGAUGCCGUUGGCAUGAGCACAGUCCACGAGGUGAUCGUGGCCCGCCACUGCGGCAUGCGCGUCUUCGCCCUGUCGCUGAUCACCAACCAGGUGGUGACGGACUACGACAGCCAGGAGAAGGCCAACCACGAGGAGGUCCUUCAGACGGGGAAGGAGCGGGCGGAGCAGCUGGAGCGGCUCGUCUCCACCAUGGUGACCCGGAUCGAGCACAACAACAACAACUACGUCUAAGAAGCAACCACGCUGGUUCAACUGGUUUAAAAACAAUAACAACAAUAACAAUAAUAAUAAUAAUGAUCAUAAUCAGUUUUGACUCUCUCAAAGGCUGCAUGUAGAACUUAAUAGCGCUUUCAUUUCAUUUUUCUGUUCCCUUUAAAAACGCACAUUCCUCUAAUUGGUGGCUCCACCAUAAAAACGCCACUAUUGUUGUUUUUUUUUGUACCAUUUUAAACGAGGCGUAUUUUUAUUCUAACUUAUAUGAUCAUCGUGUAAAAUGUCUGCAAUUUAACUUAACAAUUAUCACAAAUCUGCUGUAAAGAUCUUAAUGUUACUACUUUGUUGAAACGUGUACAUGUGGGUGUAUUAUUACCUGUUUUUGAUAUGACUAUUAUUAAAAAGCUAUUUAUUACCAUA